UCAACUUCAUAAGAGAACUGUUUCUCUCAUCUCUCUCUUGUGUUUUUUUUUUCUAAGCUCUUUCUCUCUCUUUCUCUCAUGUGAGAAAGCCAUGGAUGUUAGAGAGAGAUAGAGCUCACAAUGCUUUUAAAUCUCUUUAUUUUUCAAUUUCUUAUCCUUUGAUUUGUCUUCUUUUUUUCAUUACAAUUUUAUUUUGCUUAUUUUCAUUUUCAAAAGAAAAAAAAUCAAAAUUUUCUUCACCAUGAGUUCACUAAACUUGAACAAUGAUGGUAAUGGUUUAUCUUUGGACUUGAAUGUUCCUUUUUUAUCCCAAGUUCCUUCUUCAUCUUCUGCUCCCAUUUUGGGUCAUGAAGUGUCUGAAAAGUCUGAAAUACCCUUUGAGAGUUUCAACCCUUUGAUGAUCCAUCCUAAUGGGAAUGAGAACAUGGUUCCAAACAAUGAAGGGUAUUUUGGGAAUGGUCAAAAAAACAUGUUUUUGAAUAAUGAUGAGGCUGAAAAAGAAGCUAAAAGUAUGUUUUAUGAAACACAGAAAUUUAUGAACUCUAAUCUUUUUAUUAGAGGCCAUUGGAGACCAAAUGAAGAUGCUAAGCUUAAAGCACUAGUUGCUGAGCAUGGUCCUCAAAAUUGGAACACAAUUGCUGAACAUCUACAUGGUAGAUCAGGGAAAAGCUGCAGAUUAAGGUGGUUUAAUCAGCUAGAUCCUAAAAUUAAUAGGGAAGCUUUUAGCAAGGAAGAAGAGUAUAAGCUUUUGCAAGCACAUAAAAUUUAUGGCAACAAAUGGGCAGCCAUUUGUAAACUCUUUCCUGGAAGGACAGACAAUGCUGUGAAGAAUCAUUGGCAUGUUAUUAUGGCUAGGAGGCAAAGGGAGCAAUCAUCUAGAAAGAAAAGGCCAACAUUUCAAAAUGCUUCAAAUGGAUCACUCACAAGUACCAUUGAUGAGUCUAACUCAACUUUCCCCCAUUUCAAUUUUGCUACUAGGCCUUUUCUCAAUUACCAAGCCUAUGGAUCACAAAUGGGUUUAGUUGGAGCAAGAAACCAAGAAGCAAGGUAUUUUGGUUUUGACAAGAUUCUCAGUGCUAUGAAAGGUUCAUCUAUAGGUCCCAUGGAAAAGCUGAAGAACGUGGUGGAUCAAUCCAAUUAUUCAGAUUCAAAGUCAGAAAUUUCAGUAUCUGAGUCAGUUGCAACAAACAGGAACAAUGAAACAAUUUUGGGAGACAAGAUUAAGAAGCCAUUUAUUGAUUUUCUUGGAGUAGGUUAUACAUAGGGAAAUUUUGUUGAUGAAAUAAUCUUAAGCUGAAAGAGAGAAAAGGGUAUUAUAGGAAUUUGAAGAGGAAAAAGUGUAAUGUAAUAGUGGUAAGAAACAUUGAUGCUGAUGUAGGAUCUAUCUGUACACUAACAAUAGUGAACAGUUAGUUCCAUAAAAAGCUAAAUGUGUUUGGUUUUUUUGAGACAAAAGUUUAAGUGUUUGAAUAAAUUUGGUGAAAAUGAUACCAAAUACAAAUAAAUUUAAUAAAGUGAUUUAUAUUUUAAUA